GUUCGACCCUUCUGCACACAAGUCGAUUGUAAUGGGGGCCCUGGAGAUUGUUGGGUUGUGCUUACUUUCUUUUCUCCUCUACUCUGGCAACACCAUGGCUAAAGCUAGUCAAGAUAUUGAUGAAUGUGUUGAUGGGACUGACAACUGCCACAUUGAUGCCAUCUGCCAGAAUACCCCCAAAUCAUACAAAUGCAUCUGCAAAUCUGGCUACACUGGCGAUGGAAAGCACUGCAAAGAUGUUGAUGAAUGUGAGCGUGAUGACAAUGCUGGUUGUGUCCACGAAUGUGUCAAUAUCCCAGGGAAUUAUCGAUGUACCUGCUAUGAUGGUUUUCGUCUGGCACAUGAUGGCCAUAACUGCCUUGAUGUUGAUGAAUGUGCAGAGGGGAAUGGUGGCUGCCAGCAGACCUGUGUCAACAUGAUGGGGAGCUAUGAGUGCCACUGUCGUGAUGGGUUUUUCCUGAGUGAUAACCAGCACACCUGUAUUCAGCGCCCAGAAGAAGGAAUGAACUGCAUGAACAAGAACCAUGGUUGUGCCCACAUCUGCCGAGAGACCCCAAAGGGUGGCAUUGCUUGUGAAUGCCGACCUGGCUUUGAGCUCACGAAGAAUCAACGAGACUGCAAGUUGACCUGCAACUAUGGGAACGGAGGGUGCCAGCACACUUGUGAUGAUACAGAUCAAGGGCCAAAAUGUGGCUGUCAUGUGAAAUUUGUGCUACACUCUGAUGGGAAGACAUGCAUAGGGGAGAGGCACCUCCAGCAGCACGUUACCCCCCAGACGUUUUCUAAUGAGACCUGUGCUGUCAACAAUGGAGGCUGUGACAGCAAGUGCCAUGAUGCAGCCACUGGUGUGCACUGCAGCUGCCCAAUGGGAUUCAUGCUUCAGCCUGACAGGAAAACAUGCAAAGAUAUUGAUGAAUGCAGGUUGAACAAUGGUGGCUGUGACCACAUCUGUAGGAACACAGUGGGCAGUUUUGAAUGCAGUUGUAAGAAAGGAUACAAACUGCUGAUCAAUGAAAGGACUUGUCAAGAUAUUGAUGAAUGCUCCUUUGACAGAACCUGUGACCACAUCUGUGUAAACACACCAGGAAGCUUCCAGUGCUUAUGUCACAAAGGCUAUAUCCUGUAUGGACUCACCCACUGUGGAGAUGUUGAUGAAUGUAGCAUCAAUAAAGGCGGCUGCAAAUUUGGCUGUAUAAAUACCCCUGGCAGCUAUGAGUGUACCUGUCCUGCUGGUUGCAAACUUCAUUGGAAUAAAAAAGACUGUAUAGAGCUAGUGAUAUGUUUGGCUGGUGCAGUGUCUCCACGAGCCACACUGACUUGCAAUAAGAAUGGCAAAAAGGACAGCUGUUCCCUCACUUGUGCCUCCAAGGCUCGCUUUCUGCCAGAGUCUGACAGCAGCUACACGGUGAGCUGCGGGACCCCAGUCCUGCGGCAGGGACCUCCAGCAAGGUCCAGCAAUGGCAGCUAUCCUUGUGUUGAGACUGCCACUGCGCCAAUCAAGCAGAAGGCUUCCUUCAAGAUCAAGGAUGCUAAAUGCCACUUGCACCCGCGUUUGAAAGGGAAGCAAGAGGAAGUGGGCAGGAAUGGUGCACUAGGUGGGUCAGCCCCUUGCUCGGAUUGCCAGGUGACUUUUGUGAACCUUAAGUGUGACUCAUCAAAGAAAGGCAAAGGACGCCGGGCUCGCAACUCUCCCAACAAGGAGGUGACUCGCAUCACGCUGGAGUUUGAAGCGGAAAUCAAGCCUGAAGAGAUCACAGGUAGAGAAGCCAGCUGCAAUCUGAACUGCGUGCGGCAGAAGGUGGAGAAGAAACUGAAAUCAGCAAUCAAAGCCCUGAAGAAAUCCAUAAACCAGGAACGAUUCCUGAUCCGCUUUUCAGGAAUGGAAUAUGAGGUGGCACGGAAGCUGAGCAUGACUCCCGAGAGGCAGGAGAGCUGUGGGCCAGGACAGCAGAGACUGGGAUCCAAGUGUGUUAGCUGCCUGCAAGGAACGUAUUACCAUGGCCAGAUGGAGCAGUGCAUCCCUUGCCCUCCAGGGACCUACCAGGAGAAAGAAGGCCAGCUCUCCUGUGACCUUUGCCCUGGGAGCGAUGCUUAUGGGCCAGCUGGAGCAACAAAUAUAAGCGCCUGUGCAGGUCAGUGCCCCCCCGGCCAGUACUCUGUAGAUGGUUUCAAACCCUGCCAGCCAUGUCCGCGUGGCACCUACCAGCCUGAAGCUGGCCGAGCCUUGUGUUUCCAUUGUGGUGGAGGGCUGAAUACCAAGCAUGACGGAGCCUUUUCCUUCCAGGACUGUGAUACCAAAGUUCAAUGCUCCCCAGGUCAUUACUAUAACACCAGCGUCCAUCGCUGCAUCCGCUGUGCUGUAGGCACCUAUCAGCCAGACUUCCGUCAGAACUAUUGCAUUACAUGCCCUGGAAAUACCACCACAGACUUCGAUGGCUCAACCUCUGUGUCACAGUGCAAAAACCGUCAAUGUGGAGGUGAACUGGGCGAGUACACUGGUUAUAUCGAGUCUCCCAACUAUCCUGGAAACUAUCCUGCAAACGUGGAAUGCACUUGGAACAUCAACCCACCUCCAAAGCGCAAGAUUCUCAUUGUGGUGCCUGAAAUCUUCCUGCCAUCUGAGGAUGAAUGUGGGGAUGUCCUGGUCAUGCGGAAAAACUCUUCUCCUUCCUCCAUCACAACCUAUGAGACAUGCCAAACUUAUGAGAGGCCCAUAGCCUUUACUGCAAGAUCUCGAAAGCUGUGGAUCAACUUUAAAACUAGUGAAGCCAACAGUGCCAGAGGUUUCCAGAUCCCCUAUGUCACCUAUGAUGAGGAUUAUGAGCAGCUGGUGGAGGACAUUGUGCGAGAUGGCAGGCUAUAUGCCUCUGAAAAUCAUCAGGAAAUACUGAAGGACAAGAAGUUGAUCAAAGCUUUCUUUGAUGUGCUGGCUCACCCACAGAACUACUUCAAAUACACAGAGAAGCACAAGGAGAUGUUGCCACGCUCCUUCAUCAAACUCCUCCGCUCCAAAGUAUCCAGCUUCCUUAGACCUUACAAAUAGCCUCAUGGCACUUCCAGGCUUCUCGACAACCAAGAAAACUUUUUCUUACACUUACUCUUAUUUUUCAGUGACCUUUUUCUACAAAUACAGCCCCUUCCAUUUCUCACUAUGCAGAUGACUGUAACUAUUGGUCUUUCCUUGGCUUUUCUUCAAACCAAAUUCGUUAAUAACAUGGUCCAUCAAAGGAGCAGCUGGCAGCCAUGGGGGAACACAAUCCCAUCCCCCGUGCUUUCCAUACUGGAGUCUUAGCCCAUGGAGAUCACAUAUCCCAGUAAGUGAUGCACUUUUCCCAAGUGGCCUCUACUGGGACCUGUAUCUCCUGGGCAGCUUCAGCCCUCUCCCAUAUAUGCAAAUGAUGUGCAGCCCCUUGUGCUGCAAGGCCAUUGCCAAAGAGGCCAUGUGCAUACGUCUCUCUGCACGACUGUCUGCUUAUAGAAAGAAACAACCUUGCAACCAUAUCAUGUCUCUGCUUCUGGGACACAGACACAAUGGUGGGAGGGGGCGCCUUUGAGCAGCUGCUAAGCAAUGGAAUUCGUCCAACUGAACUCUUGUAAAGGACUGGAGGACAAAACACCCGGAAUGCAGGAAGUUAUGCCUUAUUUAUCAGACUGUUUUGUUUUUAAAGAAAUCUCGCACAGUCUUGCAGAGGAUCAUACUAAAAAAAUAACACAUUGUUCAGAGGAAGACCACAUAGAAGAAGACAUAUCACAGAAGUAUUGAAAGAAAAUGGCCCAUGUUUGUGAUGGCAAGUUUGGUGAUUAGAAGAGCAUCAUUUUAUGACGGAGUCUGAAUUUUUUGCAUUUGAAAAGACCAUGGCCUAGCCAUGUUCUUAUGUGGAAUAAUGUCUGGAAAAAAGGGAGGAAAACUUGGUGAAAAGUGAGACUUUCUGAUGUGAAUUUUCCUCCAUGGACACUCGUGUUGAGAGAUCAGACUUCUUAUAAGCUCUGCCAAAGAGUAAAGCAAGUGGCGUGAAGGGCAGGAGUGAGUGAAUGUUUGUGCACUAGGAAGUUCUCCUUUCUACCUUUUUCAUAUUAUUAAGUGCAAUCAUUUUGAGUUUUCUUUAUAUUAUUUAGAGGGAAGGUUUUUUUCUACUAGAAACUACAAUAUUUAUACCUGCCUGAGAAAAAAGAAUGUGUGUAUGUGCGCGCGCGCAUGUGUUAAAAAUGAAACCGAAACAAGGAGUUGGGGAAAUGAUGACAGGAAAUGUGACUCAAGUUUUCAGCUCUUGGAAUCUUUAGUUUUCCUCACCACAGUAAAUUGCAGUGUAAAGCCUGAAGACUGAGCUCCUUGCUUAUCCUGUAACCACUGAAGGUAAACAGGGCCAUGGGCUAAGCAUUUCCGUUUGACUGGAAAUUGUUUCACCCACAAGCAGUUCUUGAAAGACAAUUCCAUGUGAUCAAAGGCAUCUUUAGAAUGCAUAUCAAAGAUCGCAUAUUGAAAUCUGUCUCCAUGUUAAAUGCUCCUAUCAUGUGCAGUACAUAGCUUAACUUUUUCUGACAAGUUAACUUUGCACAAGUUAGCUGUUCACAGGUUUUGAUAUGUAUAAAACUGAGAUCUGUCUUUACAGACAGAGGAAGCAUAGUUCCCUUUCUGAAUGUUUCAGUGAGUGUUGAUUUCUAAAAUAAAGAGAUGCUGGAGCUCAAGUUUCCAGAGAAAUUGCAUCCUCUACCUGAAGGCUCUUUCUCCUAAUCCCAGAGCUCAGCCACAGAUUCUCAGGAAGCAGAGAAAUUCUCUCUGCACCUGCUGAAAGGUAUUCCUUAUUUCCCAAGUUCCAAGGAGAAGCCCAGAAUUGAACACAGGUUUGGAGGUAAGCCCUCAACUAAUAUCAAACCUUGAAUGGCAUGUCAUCUUUGCAAAUUUAAAAAUUUCCUAAGUAAAAUUAUCGGUCACUGAACCAUAUUCAAAUGCGAAUACUAGUGGUGAAAUCUCAACUUCACUGGUGAAAUUUUUGCCUUCUCUGAGCCAUGACCUGAAACCAGCUAAAUGCCUGCAGUUGGAUCAUCUCCAUUUGCUGUACUUGUACUGAUGCUUUUCUACCUGGUUUGUUCUUCCUUCACUCUUUAACCUGAUCCAGAAUCAGAAUUAGUUUAACUAAAUUCUUGGAAAUUAUUUCAGUGCUGAAGUAGAAUGGCCUCAGAUAGCAACAUGCUUACAGUACUUCAGUAGGACAGAUCCAAACGAAAGAACAGCAUAGACUUGAUACCUAGCUUUAAUCUCGCAGGAUUUGGCUAUAUGUGUUUAGCUAUAUAUGCAGGAGAGGUGGGGGAGUCAAUCAAAUCUAUCAUUUAUUGUAAGAGAAUGUAAAAGAGGCACAGCCAGAAAUGGGGUCCAGAAGACGAGACAAAAAUUGAAUUUGGCUUGAAAAUUGUAGCAAAUUUCCUACUAGCUAGAACCCUAUUCUCCAUUCUGUCUUUAUCUUAACACAGAAAAUGUAAAGGUUUGAAAAGCUGAAAAUUCCAUCUUAAGAUAGGAAACAACUUUUAAAAAAGCAAAGCUGAAAUACUUAAAACUAUUGUUCAGUAUGCCGCAGUCCAAUAUUGCCUGCAAAAUAAUGAUUAAAUGAUGAAAAGGUGUAGUCCAUAAAGUUAUUUGCACUUGAUAAAAGAAAUUGUAUCUGAACUUGUAAAAAGAAAAGUUUGCAUUUUGUAUUGUCUUUUUUAAUUAUUAAAUGGAAUUUCUUGGU